AUGAACGGCGGCACAUGCACGGAUGACCGGUGCCAGUGCCCAAAGGGCUACGUCGGAACUUACUGCGGGCAGCCUAUCUGUGAAAAUGGCUGCCAGAAUGGAGGACGGUGUAUUGGACCUAAUCGCUGUGCAUGUGUCUACGGAUUUACUGGCCCUCAGUGUGAAAGAGAUUACAGAACCGGCCCAUGUUUCACACAAGUUAACAACCAGAUGUGUCAAGGCCAGCUAACUGGAAUCGUUUGCACAAAAACCCUCUGUUGUGCGACCAUUGGGCGUGCAUGGGGUCACCCCUGUGAAAUGUGCCCUGCUCAGCCUCAGCCGUGCCGUCGUGGCUUUAUCCCUAAUAUUCGCACUGGAGCAUGUCAAGAUGUUGAUGAAUGCCAGGCUAUCCCUGGAGUCUGCCAGGGGGGAAACUGCCUUAAUACAGUAGGUUCGUACGAGUGCAAGUGUCCUGCUGGUCACAAACAAAAUGAGGCAACUCAAAAGUGUGAUGAUAUUGAUGAAUGCAGCAUCAUCCCAGGAAUCUGUGAAGGCGGUGAAUGCUCGAACACUGUGGGAAGUUAUUUCUGCAUCUGCCCACGGGGUUACAUCACAUCUGUGGAUGGCUCCCGCUGUAUUGAUCAAAGGGCAAGUGCAUGUUUCUCCAAUAUAGUGAAUGGCCGCUGCGCACAGGAGCUUCCGGGUAGGUUCACCAAAAGGCAGUGCUGCUGUGAGUCUGGCCGGUGCUGGGCCACAGGGUCUGUUCCAGAGAUGUGUCCUGUCAGAGGAUCUGAUGAACACCGCAGACUUUGUGUGGAUGGCACUCCUGCUGGAGGUGGUUCCAGAGGGAGUGGGACAGGAGGAAAUGGAUUCCUUCCUCGGGGCAAUGGCAAUGGCUACAGCCCGGGAGGAGCUGGAUUCGUUCCCGUCCCUGGAAGCAACGGUUUCUCCCCAGGUGUAGGUGGAGCAGGGAUAGGGACAGGUGGUCAAAGUCCCACUGGAAAUGGCCCAAUAAUUACAGGACUAACAAUACUCAAUCAGACAAUAGACAUCUGUAAGCACCAUCCCAACCUUUGUUUAAAUGGGCGUUGUAUACCAACCCUUUCUAGUUACCGAUGUGAGUGCAACAUGGGAUAUAAGCAGGAUGCAAAUGGGGAUUGUAUGGAUGUUGAUGAAUGCACAUCAAACCCAUGCUCUAAUGGAGACUGUGUCAACACACCUGGUUCCUAUUACUGCAAGUGCCACGCGGGUUUCCAGAGGACUCCUACCAAGCAAGCUUGCAUCGAUAUAGAUGAAUGCAUCCAGAAUGGUGUUCUUUGUAAAAAUGGCCGGUGUGUAAACACUGAUGGAAGUUUCCAGUGUAUUUGCAAUGCUGGGUUUGAACUGACUACAGAUGGAAAAAAUUGUGUGGACCAUGAUGAGUGUACCACUACAAACAUGUGUUUGAAUGGGAUGUGCAUAAAUGAAGAUGGGAGUUUUAAAUGCAUCUGCAAACCAGGAUUUGUUCUGGCUCCAAAUGGACGUUACUGUACUGAUAUUGAUGAAUGCCAGACAUCAGGAAUUUGCAUGAAUGGUCAUUGCAUAAAUACUGAAGGGUCCUUUCGGUGUGAGUGUCCACCUGGCUUGGCUGUUGGAGUUGAUGGUCGUGUGUGUGUAGAUAUUAAUGAGUGUGCAUUGGAUCCUGAUAUUUGCUCCAAUGGAAUUUGUGAAAACUUACGUGGCAGCUAUCGUUGUAACUGUAACGGUGGCUAUGAGCCUGAUCCUUCUGGAAGGAAUUGUGUGGACGUUGAUGAAUGUUCAGUGAACGGGCUGCUGUGUGAUAAUGGGCUCUGUCGAAACACCCCUGGAAGUUACAGCUGCACUUGUCCAAAGGGUUACGUGUUCAGCACUGAGACAGACACAUGUGAAGAUAGCCUGAAAGGGACUUGCUGGCUUAAUGUCCAAGACAGUCGCUGUGAAGUCAACAUCAAUGGUGCUACACUGAAAUCUGAAUGCUGUGCUACCUUAGGAGCAGCUUGGGGCAGCCCAUGUGAGCGAUGUGAAUUAGAUGUAAAUGAGUGUGAUGUUUUCCCGGGGGUUUGUCCCAAUGGGCGAUGCAUUAACAGCAGAGGUUCAUUUCACUGUGAGUGCCCUGAGGGACUGACACUGGAUGGGACAGGGCGAGUGUGUUUAG